CCCGCCGUCCCGCCCAACGUCACUUCCGCUUCCGCCCGUGCCGGAAGUGCCGCCAGUCUCGCCGCCAUGGCCUCAAGGUUACUGCGGGUGAGCGCGGCCCUGCGGCUCCUGCCCGCGGCGUCCGCCCGCGCCCCGCCCGCCCGCCACCUCAGCGUGCCCGGGAACCUGGCCAGCGAUGAGGAGCAGGCGACCGGGUUGGAGCGGAAGGUGAUGGAGGCCAUGAACAAGGGGCUGGACCCGUACAGCAUGUUCCGGCCCAAGCGCUACGCGGGCACCAGGGAGGACCCGAACCUCGUGCCCUCCGUGUCCAGCAAGCGCAUCGUGGGCUGCGUCUGUGAGGAGGACAACAGCUACGUGGUUUGGUUCUGGCUGCACAAGGGCGAGGCCCAGCGCUGCCCCUCCUGCGGUGCCCACUACAAACUGAUCCCCCACGAGCUGCCCCACUGAGGGACCCCAGACCCAAACUGCUCCCCCACGAGCUGCCCCACUCAGGGGGCUCUGGGACCCCCAAACUGCUCCCCCACGAGCUGCCCCGCUGAGGGGCUGGGGUCCCCCUCGCUCCCCUCCCCGGGGUCCCGUUGACCCCCAGAUCCCCCCAUAAAGAGGUUGUGUGGAGA